AAACGCCUUAGCUCCUCUUGCAGGUGUCGGGUCUAUUUUCCAUUUGUGAUGAUGACAUGAUACCGAGCAGUCCCGCUAGCUAGCCUAGCUAUAGUGUUUGGGGUGCCGAUUAGAGAUGGAGGAUGGAGGAGGCUUAAAGGGGGGUCAUACCGAUAAAUCUCAUUAUUUUCUUUACUUCACGGUAGCUGUUCGUUUUCACCCGUUUGCUGAAACACAACCGUUCCGGUGUUAGCCUGCUAGUAAGCUAGGCUAUGCUAGGUUAACGCUGAAAAGGGUUUUUGUGGGAUGUAAAAUGGCUACAGUUUCAAACCCACUUAUCUUCUGUUCUGGUGCAUUUCUCUGAUUUAUCUCUGUUCGUGUUCCGGUCGGUGGACUGGGUUUGUAAAACAAACAAGCCGCGUCCGCUGGGUGAACGACCCUAAAAGCCCCGCCAACGCCGCCCGGCCCCUGGAAUGGAGCCAGGCGACUUGCGAGAAAGCCCCGCCGGUUCCGGGGAGUCAGAUGUCGGGGAGUGGAGGGAAGUGACUCCCGGUGAGGAGGAUGACGAGAUCAAAGCGGCAGAACCUAACGGAGCCAAGGCUGAGACGGAGCUAAGAGACAUCUGCUGGGAGGACGAGAAACAAAGGAGUGUCGGAGAACCGCUGCACAGUCCGUAUGAAGAGGAGCUGGAUCCCCGGAUCCAGGAAGAGUUGGAGCACCUUAAUGAAGCCAGUGCGGAAAUCAACAGACUGGAACUGGAACUGGAUGACGCCAGAUCGUGCUACAGGAAGAUCCUGACCGAGUCUGCCAGGAAGCUGAACGCUCAGAGCUCUCAGCUCGGCAGCUGCAUAGAAAAAGCAAGACCUUAUUAUGAAGCUCGUCGCCUUGCUAAAGAGGCUCAGCAGGAGACCCAGAAGGCUGCGCUGAGCUAUGAGCGAGCUGUUUCUAUGCAUACGGCUGCCAGGGAGAUGGUCUACGUAGCGGAGCAGGGCCUGAUGGCCGACGGCAAGAACACUCUGGAUCCCACCUGGCAGGAGAUGCUGAACCACGCCACCGCUAAGGUGAAUGAAGCUGAAGAGGAGCGGAUCCGGAGUGAGAGGGAACACAUGCGCGUCACGCACGCCUGUCAGGAGGCCGAGGCUCGAGUCCAGAUGCUGCAGAAAUCCCUGAAACGAGUCAUCUUGAAGUCCAAACCUUACUUUGAGUUGAAGGCCCAGUUAAACAACAUCCUGGAGGAGCACAAAGCCAAAGUGAUGCAGCUGGAACAUAACGUGUCCAAAGUGAAAACCCGCUACUCCAUUGCUCUGAGGAACCUGGAGCAGAUCAGCGAGCAGAUCCACGCUCAGAGGGGGCGGGACCCGGCUGAGGGAGCACCUCCCACUGGCUGUGGUGGGCGGAGCCCCCCAGUUGGUGCCGAGUCAGACGCCAGAGUAAAGGAGGAAGAUGGAGCCUGUGGGGGCGGCGCGAUGGGGAAAGAUCGACUGGAUGCAGCCGCGGAUCUGCUGGAGCGAUACAAAGAGACAGAAAACGAGAAGGAAAGGGAGCGAGCCGGCUCAGAUUCCCUAUCUGUCUUCAGCCUGCAGACCAUCGCUUCCGAUUUGGAGAAAUACGACUCUGUUGAGCACCUGGGCGACCUCAGCGACGUCGGGAGUGUAACUGGGGAUGAAGGGGAGAAAGAAAGAGGAGUGAUGACUAAAAGAGAUGUACUGAUGGAGCCGUCGAUCCGAGAGCGCCAGCAGCAAUUCUCCAAGCAGCACUACCGGAGCUUCAGCUUGUGAGGUCACAGGAACCCCACUAGUUCCAGGAGAGGAAGGUGGUACCGAUCAGCUGGGAAUUAAACCGGAAUGGUUCUGUAGUAAAAUGUAAUUCAGCUCAUGUCCUUUGUGCUUAACACUGACACAGUUAUAACACAGCUAACACUACCCCCCCCCCCCCCCCCCCCCCAGUCGAGCUCCGCUCCCUCUGGAGCUUCUGGGUAGAACUUGUUCCUUUAGCAUGACGGAACAAUGAGGAACGCUAAAAUAGUCCCUGUUUGAACUGACAAAUUUAAGCUAGAAUCUUUUUAUCUUCUCAGGCUAAUCGUUGAUCUGAUCAUGUCACGCCCAAUCAGCUACGAGGAAAUGGGGUCACAUGACUCAGCAAGUCAGGAAACUAUGACAAAAGCGUUCCUGCAGAACAAAAGCACGUCUUAUUCAGUAUUUGUCUCCCGAGUCUCAUGGAGCUGAGGUACUUUUGGCAGCAGGAACACGUUUUUCGAACGUUCCUGCACUUUGGCCUUUUAAUGGCGUCUCUCAAGUCUUAACUGGUGUUUAUGACAUUUUAAUGACCGUUUGUGACAUUUUAAACGAACACUGAUAAAGAAGCUGUUUUAUUUAAGUUGUAACUGCAGAUUUGUCUUAUUUAAAUAUUGUUUACAACUCCCAAGUUGCAACAACGCUCCUGUUUAUUUGCCUUGAACAAAGCUCCUGCUGUAACUUGUGUGCCUCUGACUGAGAUGGUCGUUGGAACACCUUAAGAGACCAAGUCGGACCUUAUAAUCAGACUCCUGGUGAAACAUGAAGAUGAUUCUGAUGUUUAUUUGCCUAAAACGCUGACCUGUGACCUGUAAAUGUUUGUAAUUAUUCAGAGCUGGUAGAUAUGACCCACGCGUGCCGCUGGGUGGAUAUGACUGUUUUAGUUGUACAGAUGCUUCCUGCAGAUGUAUUUAAAUCUCAUUUAAACUGAAACACACCAACAGCUGUAAACUAUUCCCAACUGUCACUCCCCAUUUCACACGUGUAACCAAUAAACGGAUGUUUGCCUCUGGA